CAGCACUUUAACUUAGACUCUGAGUCAAUCACAGUGGGAACUGUAACCGUGCCCACCACUAGGUCUCCUUGCUCCGGCAAACAUAUGGAGUACUUCUGCUUCCUGCUGCUCUGGAUCUGCAGCCAGAUGAUAGGCUUCCAUGACUGCUUCAAUAUCGACACAAAGAACUUCAGGAUCAUCAAAGGCCCCAAACAAGCCCAGUUUGGAUACACUGUUCAGCAGCACAUUGCUGCUGGAGGAGAGAAGUGGUUAUUAGUGGGAGCUCCGUAUGAAAUGAAUGGCAACCACCAAACGGGGGAUAUUUAUAAGUGUUCACUGAGCCGACGAACCAAUGGCAACGGUUGUUCCAAGCUCAACUUAGGAAGGAUAUCUCUGACCAACGUGUCCGAGCGAAAGGACAAGAUGAGGCUGGGGAUGACGCUCACCUCCAACCCCAAAGACAACAGCUUUGUGGCGUGUGGGCCUCUUUGGUCCUACGAGUGUGGCAGUUCUUACUACAGCACCGGCAUAUGCUCCAGAGUCAACGCAAGCUUCAAGUUCUCCAGGACCAUCGCGCCGGCCUUUCAGAAGUGUGAGACCUACAUGGACAUAGUGAUCGUUCUGGACGGCUCAAACUCCAUCUACCCCUGGUAUGAAGUGCAGGCUUUUCUCAUCAACGUUCUUCAGAAGUUCUAUGUGGGACCAGGUCAAAUACAGGUUGGAGUUGUUCAGUAUGGCGAGAAGGUGGUGCAUGAAUUCAAACUGAGCGACUACAAAUCUGUGGCGGAAGUGGUGAAAAGGGCGCACAGCAUCAACCAACGAGGCGGCGAGGAGACCAACACGGCUCUGGGCAUCAACGUAGCGCGCUCACAGGCUUUCACGCGAGGAGGCCGACGCGGUGCCAAGAAGGUGAUGAUCGUGAUAACCGACGGGGAGUCGCACGACAGUGCGGAUCUCAAGCAAGCCAUCGAGGACAGCGAAAAGGACGGCAUCACCCGUUACGCCAUCGCUGUCCUCGGCUACUACAACCGGCGUGGAAUUAACCCCGAGGCUUUCCUCAAGGAGAUCAAGGACAUCGCCAGCGACCCGGAUGACAAACACUUCUUCAACGUGACGGAUGAGUCGGCCCUGAAGGAUAUUGUGGACGCACUCGGAGAACGCAUCUUCAGUUUGGAAGGAACCAGUACGAACGGGACAGCGUUUGGCCUCCAGAUGUCUCAGGCGGGAUUUUCCGCGCACAACGUCGAGGACGGGAUUCUGGUCGGUGCAGUCGGCGCUUACGAUUGGAACGGAGCCGUGCUGAAGGAAACACGACAGGGGAAGGUGGUGCCUCCCAAAUCUUCCUACACCCAGGAGUUCCCCGAAGAGCUCAAAAACCACGGGGCCUACUUGGGUUACGCCGUGACGUCUGUGGUGUCGGCGCGAAGCGGUCGCCUCCUCGUGGCGGGAGCUCCGCGGUUCAACCACACCGGCAAAGUCAUCAUCUUCACUCUGAAGAACUCGGGCAACCUCACCAUCCUGCACGCUCUCAAAGGACAGCAGAUCGGCUCCUACUACGGCAGCGAGAUCGCACCUUUGGACAUUGAUGGAGACGGCAUAACUGACAACCUUUUGGUGGCGGCGCCCAUGUUCUUCAGUGGAGGCUUGGAGAAGGGAAAGGUCUAUAUCUACAGAGUGACCGAGCUGAAUCGCUUCCUCCUGGAGGGGGUUUUGGAAAUCCACAACGGGGGCCAGAACGCUCGCUUUGGCUCGUCGCUGGCUCCUGUGCCGGAUCUGAACGGCGACGGCUUCAAUGACUUGGUGGUGGGAGCCCCGCUGGAAGACGACCACAAAGGGGCCAUUUAUGUUUUCUUCAGCCAGCACAACCGAAUACUGCGCAAAUACAAACAGAGGAUUGCGGCAGCAGAUUUGGCUCCCGGCCUGCUGUACUUCGGCCGCAGUAUUCACGGCACCAUGGACAUGAACAAUGACGGCUUGGUGGACCUGGCAGUAGGUUCUCUUGGUGCUGCUGUUCUCCUUUGGUCGCAGAGCGUUGUCCGGAUAUACACCACUGUCAGGUUCGAGCCCAGUAAGAUCAACAUCUUCGUGAAGGACUGUCAGCGAGGCGGCAAAGACGUGACCUGUAUGUCAGCCAUCGUGUGUUUCAACAUCACUGCCAGGACGGCCAUUUCUCCAACACAGGAAAUUGGGAUCAAAUACAACGUCUCCAUUGCGGAGAGACGUUUCAAUCCUCGCGCCAUAUUGGACAACCCGAACAAGCUGCAGCCUCAAAACCUGACCAUCUUCCCCGGAGAAGAGACCUGCGAACACAUCUACUUCCACGUCAUGGAGACCUUAGACUACGCACGGCUCAUAGUGUUCACUGCUCAGGCGGAGCUACAAGAUCCAGCCCGAGGACCGGUCCUGGAUGACAGCUGGCCUACUGUAGUGAGGACCGAGCUGCCCUUCUGGAACGGCUGCGACGAGGAUGACCGCUGCACACCCGACCUGGCUCUCCAGAGCACGACCGACCUGAUGACCCGGAGUCAGUUCUGUGCGCAGCCCGUCCAGUCCCGCGGGGCCUUCUGCCGCCACCAGAGUGAAGGAGGGGGCGAGGUUUCUCUGCGCCUGCUGGAGGGGAACAGGAGGAGGAUGGUGGUGGACGUCCGGUUGGAGAAUAAAGGAGAGAACGCCUACAACGCCGGCCUGAAUAUCACCUACACGCCCAACCUGCGCUUCUCUAGUCUCAUAGUCAAGGACAACUCUGACAUCAAAAUAGAGUGUUUAGUUGAGGACAAACUGAGGAAUGAGAAGAUCUGCAACGUCAGUGCUCCGUUCAUGAGGGCCAAAACUCAGGUGUCGUUUCGUCUUGAGUUUGAGUUCAGUCGCAGCGUCUUCCUGCAGCACGUCAGGGUGAUCCUGGAGGCCAGAAGCGAUGGCGAGGAGAUGAGUACGGCGGAUAACUUUAAUGACAUCUAUUACUCACUGAAAUACGAGGGAGACCUUCUCUUCACAAGGGAUUCAAAUCCGACUCGAUAUGACAUCAAAUCAGAGCUGUCGCUGGAGGAGCCCGGAGUCAUCGGCCCUCUUUUCAACUUCACUUUCCAGAUCCAGAACCUUGGCUAUUUUCCAGUAAAGGAUCUGCAGCUGAACAUUGAAAUCCCUGAAAUGACAAAAAACGGGAACCAACUCCUGCAGAUAUCUGACUUCUCCAUUGACCAGCGAGACGGAUCACGCUGUUUACCACCUCAGCAUGUGGCCCAGAGCAGGGCGGCUCCUGAGGACCUUUCGCGCUUCUCCCGCUUGAACCGGUCCAACACUCUGACUCUGCCGAUGCAGUGCACCCUCAACGUUGCCUCCAACAGAGAAGUAGCAGUUAGGAUCACAGGAGCGCUUCGAAUAGACACUUUACAUGCACUGAAGUUUAAAAUCCUGGAACUGGGAACCAGCGCAUCAGUGGAGCUUCUGUCCUCCAGCCCGAUGUUUUUGCACGAAGAGAGGCCUGUCAGACAUAUAAUAUUGGAGAUCAGGAAGGAGGGUGAUUACAGAAUCUCUAACUGGAUCAUUAUCGGAAGCACGCUGGGCGGACUCUUAUUGUUAGCCCUGCUCAGUCUCGCUCUAUGGAAGAUGGGAUUCUUCCGGAGGCAGAAGCGCAGGGACGAGGACGAGCACGAGCCUGAGGCCAACGGCACCGUGGCCGAAGAACGGUAACGCAGGCUGAGGGCCCCCCAACAGACACCUUUUAUUCCACAGGGGACCCGACAUCCAGGGACAAACCCGCCCCCCCCCCAACUCCCCAACACCACAGUGCCCCCCCCCCUCUCCCCUGCUCCGCAUUGACAGCUCCGCAUCACCGCUGAAGCAAGGCUCACUCAGUGCACUGGAUCCGACCCCUGACCCCGAGAGUCAGCACUGCCCCGCCCACUCAGCGUUCCUGCACUGUUGCGACGUCGGGGGCCGUCCUUCGUCCGCGUGGUACCUGCGCAGAUCUUUGAGCGCUCUUAUUUUUUUGGGCUGCAGGCUGGAGCCCCGGUACUUCUCACCAAGAAUUUCGGACCACGAUUUGCCCCUCGAGGCGAGCGUUAGCCAGCCCCCCCCUUUUGUCUCUUCCCCAUGUGUAUUUAUUUAACUCUUUUGGGACACAUGAAAAACCUCAAGGGUGAUUCGCCACCCAAAAAAGCUACCACAAAUGUCAAGUUACGAUACUGUAUAUUGAUUCGGAUGUUUGGAAGAUUUUUAUCUGCAACACGUUCGGCUCACUUGCAUAAUAAUUUAUGAGAAAACUGAAAGUUGGACGAAGAAGAUUGACGUCGUUUAACUCGCAGAGGCGAUUCCUCUUAAGACUUCACUUCUUUUCUUUUUCAUCCUGGAAAAAAUAUUCAACAUUUGAUGCACUUUUGUACAAAAUUAACUUGAAUUUUGUAAAUAGUCAAGUUCUUUUUUUUAUACCCUUUCAAAUAGUAUAAUGGUUUUCAGUAUUUUCCAUAUGGUUGACGGAAUUACUUUAUAAGUUAAGCAACGGGGCUUUGAGUCACUGACCCAGUUACGAGACGUUGCAUGCCUUUUUAACAUGCACUGCAUCAGAGCAAAGGGAUGCGCAGAAAGUGGAUUUCGACAAUGCGGUUCUCACGAGGAACCGGAACUCGUGUAAAGAGAUGUAAUGUGCCUACAAAUAAAACGGUAUAGUCUCAGAAUGUCUUUUUAAUAAACACCUGGGGCGUUUCGACUGCACAUACGAAGCCUCGAGAACCACAA